AUGGCUAUUCUCGACGCCUUCUGCAGAGAGGUCCACAACCAGUGGACCUAUAUCGAGCGUCGAGACCUCGGUCACGUCGGGUGGACUCCCGAGAUCUCGGUCGACGUGUUCCAGUACAAGGGCAACAUUGUCUCCCUUGUGUCCUCGUCUGACUGCAUAACACCUGCAGAGGCCAAGUGUGCGCCGCAGCGACUCGUCGACACAUUCUACACAAAACGCGGCAGGACGGACGGAUUUCAAGCACCUUACCAAGCGCCGGAUCCGGAUAAACGGCAUCGCCGCUCUUCCCUGCUAAAGGCGACUCUGGCUCGCUCGUCUUCGACGGCCAGUACAACUGAUUAG